AUGUGGCUGUACCUGUUGGUCCUAGCGGUCCUGUAUCACCUUGUGCACUGGUACCGGAAAAGUCAGGUGGUGAACCAACUGCAGGACAAAUAUGUCUUCAUCACGGGCUGUGAUUCAGGCUUUGGGAACCUGCUGGCCAAACAACUGGACCUGAGAGGCUUUAGGGUUCUGGCUGCAUGUCUAACUGAGAAGGGGGCUAAGAUGCUGCAAGAGCAGACAUCAGACAAGCUGGACACAGUAAUACUGGAUGUCACAAAGUCAGAGAGCAUCGCUGCAGCCACCCAGUGGGUGAAGGAGCGCACAGGAGACAGAGGUCUCUGGGGGUUGGUGAACAAUGCUGGUAUUUCAACACCCUCGGCUCCCAAUGAGUGGCUGACCAGACAGAACUUCAUGAAGAUACUGGAUGUGAAUCUUCUGGGGGUGAUUGACAUCACCCUGAGUCUGAUGCCCCUGCUGAGAAAAGCCCAGGGCCGUGUUGUCAAUGUCUCUAGUGUCAUGGGUCGUGUGUCCAUUAUUGGAGGUGGCUACUGCAUCUCCAAGUAUGGCAUUGAGGCCUUCUCAGACAGCCUCAGGAGGGAAGUUUCUUUCUUCGGGGUGAAAGUGGCUAUAAUUGAGCCUGGAUACUUCAAAACUGCUGUGACCAAUACUGAGAAAGUAUCUCAGAGCCUUCAGAAUGCGUGGGAUCAAGCCAGUCCAGAAGUCAAGGACCUCUAUGGGAAAAAGUUCGUGACAUCUAAUGCAAACUUACUUCAGAAGCUUAGUUCAAAGCUGUCUACGGAUAUGUCUUUGGUGACGAACUGCAUGGAACAUGCACUGACUUCCCGUUACCCUUGUACCCGAUACUCAGCUGGCUGGGAUGCCAAACUGAUCUUCAUCCCCAUGAGCUACAUGCCAACCUUUCUGGUGGAUACCUUGGUGAAAUGGGUGUCCAUAAAGCCUGCCAAAGCCCUGUAA